CAGCUUCAUGCCUUUCAAGCUCUCUUUCUCUGUUAAACUGAUAAAUCACGAUCCCUUUUAGUUUUUUUCGCCGGCGAUAUUUCUCGAUCCGAUCAGAUGGCAAAGGAUCCAGUUCGUGUUCUCGUCACUGGAGCUGCAGGACAAAUCGGAUAUGCUCUUGUUCCUAUGAUUGCGAGGGGAAUAAUGCUUGGUGCGGACCAGCCUGUGAUCCUCCACAUGCUUGAUAUCCCUCCUGCAGCAGAAGCAUUGAACGGUGUGAAAAUGGAGUUGGUCGAUGCUGCUUUCCCUCUUCUUAAAGGUGUGGUUGCUACAACUGAUGCCGUUGAAGGGUGUACUGGUGUCAAUGUUGCUGUCAUGGUUGGUGGUUUCCCGAGGAAAGAAGGAAUGGAGAGGAAAGAUGUCAUGUCCAAGAACGUUUCCAUUUACAAGUCUCAGGCUGCUGCCUUGGAGAAGCAUGCCGCACCAAACUGCAAGGUUCUGGUUGUUGCAAACCCUGCAAACACCAACGCAUUGAUCCUUAAGGAAUUUGCACCUUCAAUCCCGGAGAAGAACAUCACUUGCUUGACCAGGCUUGACCACAACAGGGCAUUGGGACAGGUCUCUGAGAGGCUAAGCGUGCCAGUUUCUGAUGUUAAGAACGUGAUUAUCUGGGGAAACCACUCAUCUACCCAAUACCCAGAUGUCAACCACGCUACAGUCAAAACUUCUUCUGGAGAAAAGCCUGUGCGUGAGCUAGUCAAGAACGACGAGUGGUUGAAUGGAGAGUUCAUCUCUACCGUUCAACAACGUGGAGCUGCCAUUAUCAAGGCCAGGAAGCUUUCUAGUGCACUCUCUGCAGCUAGCUCAGCUUGUGACCAUAUCCGUGAUUGGGUCCUUGGAACCCCCGAGGGCACAUUUGUUUCAAUGGGAGUAUACUCAGAUGGAUCAUACAACGUUCCAUCUGGACUAAUCUACUCUUUCCCUGUAACCUGCCGUAACGGAGAGUGGUCUAUUGUACAAGGUUUACCGAUUGAUGAAGUAUCGAGGAAGAAGAUGGAUUUGACAGCCGAGGAGUUGAAGGAAGAGAAGGACCUUGCUUACUCAUGCCUCUCUUAGAUGGACCGGUUUUUAUCAAACCGGUUUAAUCAGUGGGAGAUUGUAAGAGCUUUGUUUUCGAAUAAAGAACUUUGUUAUAAAAAGACACUUUGAAUUAACCUCUUUGAGGUUAAGAGCACUACUUGUUUUCUCUUUUCUCUUUCUGAUGUGUUCGCUGAUUUUGCUGAUCAUAUGAAAGCAGCAUUUUGAUCAUUGAUCUCUUUCGGUUAUGACUUUGGUGUCUUUCUUCUCUUUAUGUCCAAAGGCUUUGAUUUUUUCUUA